GCACACAGAAGAAGAAGCGCUGCCGCCUGCGUCAGGUUUGAACGGAUGGACGGAAACGCGGUUCGUCGGUAAACUGGAGGAUCACUUGAGCUUUUGUCAGCGGCGGAGGUCGGAGGUACAGAGGACUGAACAUAGAAGAGAGGAACCGUGAGGCUCCUCCAUGGCUGCUCCAACCCUGCUACAGCCCAGUUUCCUGCUGGCAAACCUCAAAGCUGAUGCCACCACCAAACCUCUCCUCCAGCGAUGCCAAGACCUGGUGAAGAUCAUUGAUGAAUAUCCUGCCAAGGAGCUGCACCUGAUUUUCCCCUGGCUGGUGGAGUGUGUGUUUGGGAGUCUGGACGGCAUCAUCGCCGGCUGGAACCUGCGACUCCUGCACUCGAGAAGCAACGAGUACCACAUUGUUAUGGAUUUUCUAAACCCCAGCGGGCCGAUGAUGAAGCUUGUGUACAAACUUCAAGCAGAAGAGUACAAAUAUGAAAUACCCGUCAAUUAUCUCCCGGGUCCUGUGAAGGCCUGUAUCCAGGAAGGAGUCCUCCCCGACUGUCCGCUGUUUCACAACAAGCUGCAGUUCCCCCUGUCCGGUCUGCUGACCCUGAACCUCGCUCUCAAUCCCUUUGAAUUUUUCAUGUUUAACUUUGCCUACUGUCUCAUCGUGCCAAAGAGCUACCCUCAAGGCCAACAUGGAAGCUCCACAGACAGUGCCUACUUUGUGCUGGUGGACACCUACCUGAAAUAUUUCCUCCCCAGUGAAGGAACGGUGCCUCCGUCUCCUUUCUCUGACUCCAGAGGUUCUGUCACUGCACCCUCACCAAGAUCUUCCAGCAUUUCUUUCGCUGGUUAUGGCGUCCACAGCCCCAGUCUCCUGAAGCAUCACAUAUUCCAUCAGCCCUCAGUGAACGCAGAGCCCUCAGCUCAGGAAAUCUGGAGGUCAGAGACACUGUUACAGAUGUUUGUAGAGGUCUGGCUCCAUCACUACUCGUUGGAGAUGUACCAGAAGCUUCAGUCUCCUCAGGUUAAGGAGCCCUUCACCCCGACAGAGGAGCACGUGCUGGUAGUGCGUCUCCUGGUGAAACAUCUGCACGCCUUCUCCAACAGCCUGAAGCCCGAGCAGCUGUCGUCUUCGCCCUCGGUCCACUCGCACACUCACACCAGCCCGCUGGAGGAGUUCAAGAGAGUAGUGGUGCAGCGUUUUGUUCAACAGAAACUCUACCUGUUUCUUCAGCACUGCUUCGGUCACUGGCCUCUGGACGCCUCUUUCAGAGCGGUGCUGGAGACGUGGUUGAGCUACAUUCAGCCGUGGAGAUACACCGGGGAGAAGAUCAACCCUCAGCCAGACCAAAACAGAACAGUCCCUGACAAAUGGGAGUCGUUUGCUCAGGAGAACCUGCUCAUGUACACAAAGCUCUUCCAGGUUUUUUUGAACAGAACCGUGAGGACGGAUCUGGUCAACGCCAAAAACGCGCUGAUGGUUUUCAGGGUCGCCAAAGUCUUCGCUCAGCCAAACCUUGCAGAGAUGAUCCAGAAAGGUGAGCAGCUGUUUCUGGAGCCCGAGCAUGUCCUCCAUCACCGUCAGCCCCGCGGCUACCUGACGCCGAGCCAGGGCGGCAGCUACCUGUCGUCACGGCAAAAGGUGGUGACGGACAUGGUGUUCAGGGUGAAGAGCCACGUCUAUUCCUUGGAAGGUCAGGACUGUCAGUACAAGCAGAUGUUCGGCACCGAGCUCAGAGGAGCGGUCAUGAAGUUGAUCCAGAUGAUUGCACAAGCCAGACAGACGGCCAAGAGGAUAUCAGACCACUCCAACGAGGCGGCGGCCAGUUCCUCCUUCCUGUCCUGGUUUGGUUUGAGCUCCUCCGAUCACAACAACACGUUCUCUGGAGCCGAGUCAGAGGAGAGCGGCGAGUGUCUGAAAAAGACCCACGAGUUCCUGGACAGAGCUCUGGAGAACCUGUGUCUGAUCUUCAAGCUGAACCAGGGGCAGCUGACUCAGCUCAUUUCAAACCUUAGUUCUUCUCAGGAUGACGGCAACUGCAAGCAGCUGCCAGACUGCAUCCAGGGAGAGAACGGACUCAUCCUCACUGACCUGGGUCGGAGGCAGAUCAUAAAUGGACUGCGCAGGUUCGACCUUCAGUACCAAGGCGACCCGGAGCUGCAGCCCAUCAGGAGCUAUGAGAGCGCCCUGCUGGUCAGGCUGUUCUACAGGAUCUCCUCUCUGCUCAAUGAGAGGUUCGGAGGACACAUGAGUGCGCUCUGCUCACGGCCGGACUUCCUGGGUCGCCUUGGUUGUCACUACCUGACGGAUCCUGAUUCUGCCAGGAAGCCAAACCAGAGCCCGGUGUCUGUGCGGACGCUGGAGAGGAACCGGCCGCCGAGGCUGAGCCUGCGCCCCCUGGCCAGCUACAGGACGAUUCUGCUGCUGUUGCUCCUCUACGUGUUUGGAGCGCUCCUGUCAUUCGGCCCCGUGUCCAGCACGCUCAUCAUCCUUGCGGGGGGCUUCCUGUACGGACUGUUCAUGACGUUGUUUGGAGACAAACUGAAAACGCACUAACUGAGACCAGGAGUUUCUGCACAUCUGAAGAAAAAACACACUUGACAAUUUUCGAUCAACGCCACCUUGUAAUGGUGAGAGCAAAAAAAUGUGUGAGAGCUAAUGAACGAAGUGUUGACCGGUCCUGUUUGUGCAUCAUCGAUUAAUCAGCCUGUUGAUUCAGAAAACCUUUUACACUUUCCUAAAGUCUUCAAAGUAUUUUCUUCUGUCCCAACAUCAGUUUUCAAACGUAGACUGUAAUUAAAGAUGGACGACACAUCUCCACUUCCUCCCACUCUCCACAAAUGAAGCCAAAUAUUUCUGAUACGAGCGCAGACAUCUUGUUUUGAAGACCCCCCCCCCCCUCCAAUAAACACACUCGGUAAAUCACCAGUCGGUAAAUCACCAGUCUCAGCUGUCAAUCGUGACGUCUCUGCCCGGUUUUACAUCAUCAAAGUCAUGUCGUCCAUCUUGAUUCACUGUCUGCGGUUGAAACCCAAAAUAUUCACUUUGCUUACGUUCUUAAGCCGAACCCUUUAAAGUAAAAAAGAAAUGAAGCAAGGUUUUACUUUUGAGAAUUUUGAACAAAAGAAGUAUUUUUCUAUUAAUAGAAAAUAAAUGGUCAGUUUUCAGUUCAGAUGAUAAUAAAGGUUGUUUUUGUCACAGAUGUCGAUGUUAGUGAGGAAUUAGUCUGUUAAAUAACAGUCGAUCAUUUCACAUGUGUUCAUUUUCAAAACAUCUUUAGGAUGUGUAGGAAUUCCUGUUGCAACGAAUGGUAACCUUUUUAUUUGAGCUUUUCCCCAUUUUUAAAAAGUGCUUCAUGUAUAAAGAGAAAACUUUGUACAUGAACACAGUGUCACCUCCCUGGUUUAUGUUUUAUUUACAGAUUGACUUGACGUACUUUUACACUAGACAGUUUUUCUCGGUGAAAGCAAAAAUACUUUCUGUCCAAAAGGCUGAAUAAACUUUUUGCACUAGU